GCAGGAUGGGUCUGGGAAAAGUGCGGAGAGGAAAGAGGGCUUGGAUAGGGAAGGGAAGGGGGCUGGGAAGAUGAGGAAGGAAGAGAGUGUGGAGAGGGAGGUUGCUGCGAGUGAGGAGGUGUCGAUGACGACUGGGGUACACAAUCAUGGAGAGGAUGUGAUGGUUCAUGUCGAUGGCUCACAUGGGAAGGCGCGAUUGGAAAGGGAAUACCACGAGGGCCAUGAAGCUGACGAAGAUCACUGCAACAACGGCAAAUAUGAAGAUGAUGAAGAAUACUACGAGGACGAUGAAGACUUCUACGACGAAGGCGAGGACGAACAAUGGGACGAAGUCUCAUUGGGGCCCCCCAGUUCCCCCAACAUCCUCCGGGAGGCACCACUCCCGUCCCUAAACUUCACGCCCAACGCCAAUCCAACAAAUCCAUCAUCAGCAUCAACGAAAGCAGCAAAGCAGAAAAAUUGGCUCCAUCGCCUUCCACCAUCCACGCCAAUUGCCAGCUCAUCACCCCAACCGGAAGCCGAAGACAUCGACAACACUUUCCCCCGCACGGGCGGCGGUCGUCCCUUGAACGCACCCCUCCCAGCCAUUCUCGACGGGCCCCGCACAGGUCGGCCUUCAUCCCCGGGAUACCAGACGCCGUAUUCCAAGGCGGGAUUCGCGGCCGCUUCAACUUCGAGUGCCAGGUUCGCCAGUCUGGCGCGCACAAGGCCAGAUGAGUUUGUGAGGCUGCAGAGGGAGGGGAUGAUUGAUGAUAGGGGGGAACCAACGGCGAAGUGGAAUGAGCAUUUGGAGAGGGGGAGGAAAAGGAAGAGGACAGGCGCAAGCGCAAGCUCGAGUUCGAGGUCGAAACGGAAGGCUAAAGACGAUGGUGCAUCGCGUACUGUGUAGUGCGUUGAGGGAAGAACAGCCAGGGGAACCGGAGAGCAACAGGCCAGCUGGUGAUAUAACAAAUCGUCUGGGGCGUGAAAAGAUACCCGCUGCAUAUUCCGGUUCAUUUACAGGCGUGAUUUCGAUUUUCCUUCUUCAGGGUGUCAUCUGUUCGGCGGGUUAGAG